AUUAUUAACUUUUUAAAUAAAUAUGUUUACUUUUAACUUUAGUCCAAUAAAUAUUUUUUUAGUUUUCGUUGAUGCUCCUUAUGUUAUUUUUUUAUUAUUAUUGUUGCAAAAAUGUUAUUUUUUUCGUUUUAGUCCCUUUAAAAAUAUAGAGUAAUCAAUUAAUGUUAGUGGUCAAUUUAAAAUAAAAUGAAAGAUUAAGAUGAAUAGUAAGUUAAACAAUUAAUCAAACUUUUGACCUGGACCGGGUUGUCUUUGUUAAUCAAACCAGUGUAGUGUAAAAUAAGAACAACUUGGUCACAUGUUUUGCUUUAUCACUGCGAGAUUUGUUUGAGUGCAGAAAAAAAUAAGAAUUCCGUUGUAAGUUUUGGGCUGAUCGUUGAGGCAGUUGAAGGAAGAGUUAGAGUAGCUGGUAUUGGUCGUCAAAUGAAACAUCAAAGCUAGGAUUGACUAACACAAAACAAGAUGAGGAAUGAAUAAUAAACAAUGGCUUGAGAAAUUAGUUGUGCAUAUGGUGCGCUAAUUCAAGGAAGUUCUACCACCUGGUGGUUGACAUUACUGAGAUUUUUUGUAUUGUAAGUGAAGUUAGCCUUAACUCCCUUUUACUUUGUUUGUUGAGUUUGGUGAAGAGAUGUGAGUAGGACGAUGAACAAGAAACCAACAAAUAUUACCUUUUUCGUUGGACCAAACUUUAUGUUUAGUUGUAAAUCUAAAAGCCAAACUAGUAAUCAUUUCGAGUCAGCACUUGAUUUUCCAUUGAUAUGGAGAACAAGGAGAAUCUUGAAGCAGCCAGAAAAUGUUUGACAACUAGUUUGGAAACAUCAAGCGCCAUUGCCUCUGCACUAGAUGAAUCUGGGUCGAGAUUGGAGCUACUUAACCAGAGAUAUCUGGCUUUGCAAGCUUCCCUUAGACCCAUCUCAGUGCAAAAGUGCUCAUUUGUCAACAUUGAGCACGGUAUAGACAGUGUUCUAUGUUCUGCUGCUGCACUCCUUAAGGUUCUUGACUCUGUUCAUCAGUUGGAGCAAUCUCUCUUAACAGAUCCCUCUUCUGAUCUACACACAUAUGUCUCAGAUACAAAGAAGCUUGAGGAAGCACUGAAGCUUCUCAGUGACAAUUCCAGGUUGACAGUUGGCUGGCUGAAGGACAUUUAUGAGCUCUUUCAAGACAAAGCAAUCACCAAUGAGCUUUGCCUGUUGAAGGUAAAGAAAUAUCUCAGAAUAUUGCAAGAAUUGCAGGUCAAGGAGAAAGGUGCUCGUCUUGAUGAAGGCCUUCUUAGUACUGCUUUUGACAAACUAGAGCUCGAGUUCCACAGGCUUCUGACAGCAAACUCAGUGCCUCUUCCUUUGGUUUCAUUGGCAUCACCACAAACUGGCCAGAAAACCAGUAUUGCCAAACAUAUUUUGCCAUUGACAAGUUCUUUGGCGGGGAAGUUGCAUUCCAUCGUAGAGAGAUUAAAUGCGAAUGGCAGGCUACACAAGUUGCAAUCCAUAUAUGUUGAAGUUCGAGGCAUGAAUGCUCGGAGAGGUUUGAAGACUUUAGAUUUGAGUUACUUGGAUAUUCCAACAACUGAAAUUGAGGCUGUCCAGUCUAUAGAGAGUUACAUAGACCAAUGGGGCUACCAUUUGGAGUUGUUUGCUAAACAACUGCUUGAGAUUGAGUGGAGGUUUUCUGCUAUUGUCUUUGAGAAAAUUGGUCCAGAAGCAUGCAUGGGGUGUUUUGCAAAGAUUGCCAUUGAAUCAGGAAUUUUUUCUUUUAUUCGAUUUGGAAGGAUGGUUACUGAGAGGAAAAAUGACCCCUUCAAAUUGUUGAACCUGCUGUCGAUAUUCAGGGUCUUAAAUGACCUGAGGCUAAAAUUCAACCAACUUUUCAGUGCAAAAGCAUGUAAAGAAAUUAGAACUGUGAUAGAGGAUCUUAUAAAAAAAGUUGUCAAUGGUGCCAAUGAGAUAUUCUGGCAACUUCCAGCACAAGUGAAGUUGCAAAGGCCAACUUCUCCUCCCCCAGAUGGCAGCGUUCCAAGGCUGGUGAGCUUUGUGACGGAUUACUGCAAUCAACUGCUUGGGGAUGCUUAUAGGCCACAUUUGACACAGGUUGUGAGAAUACAUCUUAGUUGGAGAAAGGAAGCCUACGAAGAGGGUAUUGUUUUGUGCCAAAUGUAUAACGCAAUCAAGGAGGUUGCGGUUAAUUUGGAUGCUUGGUCGAAGACCUAUGAAGAUAUCACCCUGUCCUACCUUUUUAUGAUGAAUAAUCACUGUCAUUUCUGCAAUUUGAGGGGUACAGUACUUGGAAAUAUGAUGGGAGAUUCUUGGUUAAGAGCACACGAACAAUAUAGGGACUAUUACGCAGCACUUUAUUUGAGGAACAGCUGGGGAAAGCUUCUGCCUAUUCUUGGAGUACAAAAGGACAUACUUUCACCCUCCAGUGCAAGUGUGACAUGCCAAGACUUGGCAAAGAGACUAACUGCUUUUAAUCUAGCUUUUGAGGAAAGAUACAAGAAGCAAUCUGAUUGGGUAAUCUCCGAUAAGAUCCUAAGGGAAAAUGUAUGCAAGCAUUUGACCAAAGGUCUUAUACCAAUCUACAGGGCCUAUGUCAAAAACUAUUGUUUGACAACUGAAAAUGAUGCUAAGGUUGACAAACUUAUGAAAUAUUCAGCAGAGAGUUUGGAGAACAAGAUUAGGUCUCUGUUUCAGACCAAGCAGAGGAAGGGUAGUAGCAUUAAACAGGCAGACUUAAUUAGUAAAAUAAAAGAUCUCAGUCAUCAAUUUCGCUUAACUCUAGCAGCUAUAUGAUUUCUUUUCCUUGUACUUGCCAGAAUGAAUGUUAAUGUACUCUGGUAAUGUGUGUGUACAAAGUUACAAACCGUUUGCAAGUAGGCCUUCACUGUUACUUGUAUGUUAUCACUGUUAC